GGUCUGGUGCAUGCGCGUUGUUCAAAAAGUGAGUAACAGACGUGGGGCUUCGUCUUUUCGAGAAAAUCAUGUAUUAGACCUUUAAGUCUUCCAAUGGUCUCACCCCGUCUCACCUUUCUGAGCCGCUUCACUCCUACACUCCUGCUCAGUCCCUGAGAUCAGCUGAUCAGCUGCUCCUGGAGGUACUGAGGUCCACACAGAAGCUCAGUUGCUGAAGUUAUGGAAUGAGCUACCACAGCGUGUCAGACAAGAGCCUCCAUUGUCCGUUUUGAAACUAACCUCAAGACCUGUUUUUAUUCCUUGGUUUUUAACUCAGCUUGACACUCUGCUCCUGAUUACCCUUCAUGUUUUUAGAUUUUUGUGUCUAUUUUACUGUUUUUUUUACUGAACUAAUCUUUGACCUGGUUAUACAAGCACCAUGUUAUUCACUUGAAAAUAAAAAAAAAAAUGGCCACCAUUUUUCAUGACGGAUGCCAUUGCCAGAGCCGCCAGUGGCAUAGGCAGUAUAGGCAGGUGCUAAGGGCGUCCAUUAGGGGGCGCCAGCACCGCCGCUGCACAAAUGUGAAAAAAAGAAGAAUGAACUCGGCGGCCGCCUCAGGUGCAGCGUACAGUAGGGGGCGCAUGCGAGGUGGGCGCUUGUCUUGGGCUCAUCUGGGGCGCAUAACAAGCCCGGGGCGGGGCUGACCAUUGUAACUGGUUUUUGCCAUGUUAGAGCUAUAUUUUCUUGAAUAAUCCUAUUUCGAUGGUCUCUACUUCAAAAUAUAGAUUUUUCAGUGUGUGAAAUCCAACUCUGCAUUUAAAAAAUCUAAAUGAAUAUUUUGACGAUACAGUUUGUUUUAUUAAGAUCCCGAUUAGCUGCUGUUAAACAAUUGGUAUUCUUCCUGGGGUCUCAACUUCAUCAAAAAUAUUUCUGCACCAACACUUAACAUCAUGUCAACAACAGGAUGUACAGACAACAUUCAUACUCACAUGAUUUGAUAACAUGAUUUUCAAUAAAGACGACAUAACAAGAAUAGCAAAAACAAUGUCAAAACAGAUGAAAUAGCUCACCAUUAUACAAUAUUAAAUAACCAGUUACAUAUGUUAUUCUUGAGUGAAUAAAAAUAGUCUCAUUUGAUUACAAAAAUGAGUUGUGUGCAUCUGUAUGAUCAAAAACUGUGGCAGACAGUUCCACGCCACCAUUGCUCUAUAGUGCACCGAUCUUUGAAUGUGACUGGAUCAACAGACAGGCAACAACAAACGUCCCUCAACUGUUUGACGGUUAAAAUGCUGAUGCACAUCACUGAAAAAGGUCAGCUUUUUAUAAAGUAUUUCUGGUGAUCUUACAAUUAUAAUAUCUCUAUUAAAUUUGUGAAGAGAAUAAUUUAUUCUACUUUUUACUCGCAGCCACGCCAGCUGGUUGUGCAUGUCUUCAAUGCUUGUCCUACAGGAACAGUUUAGGACAAGCCGAGCUGCUUUAUUCUAUAUUUUAUGCUUCCAAUAACCGCCAUCUUGAAAAUGGGCAGCCAUAUUGGAAUUCAGUUGACAACAUUUAGUUUGUCCAGUCAGAAUGCAUUCUGUCAAGGUUCAGACUCACAUGCGGACAGAGACAGUAGAUCAGCAGUGUCCAAAGAAUGUUUUAUUUACGGGCAGGAAGCCCAACACCGAAAACCAGACCAAUUCAGAACAGCAGGAAAAUGCGUCAAAACUUCAAGGUGACAAAACAGGUCUCAAACGUUCUUCAAAUGUAACUCAAGGCUCAGGCAGGCAUUCCCUCUGACUCUAAUAGAACACAAACUGACAAGCCGCUGAACUAACCAGCCCUAACCUAACAAAGACAGAAGGAACCAAGAAUACUUAUAACUGCACUGCUGCCCACCACUACAACCCGGCGAGGGACAGAGCUUACGGCGAGGAGGGCAUAAGGAGGCGGGAUCGUGGAUGUGCUGCCGGCGAGACAGGACAGGAAUGCUGGUGCAACAGUCCAGUGGGGUGUGGUCCAAGAGACUUUGCCUGUUCCAGAGUUAAUGUGGAGCGAAGGAGGCCCAGAGCGUGGUCCAGGGCUUGGCACAGCAGGGUGAUCUCUGAAGUUUGCAGAGGAUAAGUUGGAUCGAACACAGUGGAGCAGAGCGCAGUAAGCAGAAGCGUUUACGGUCCGACGCUGCACUGUGGUCUGAGCCAGGUUUUUGGAGAGAGAGAUGAGUUGUUUGAUGUUGACCACACCCCACUGCGGGUGAAAGCACUCAGGUGAUCAGCUGCUCCCCUGCACCAGUCCACACCUCACACACCAGAAGCACACACCCAUCUACAGAGAGAGAAAGGAGGAGGGACCAGAGACAAAUGGGCCAGCCACUAGCUGGAGCCAGAGAUGGAUGAAGUUCCUCGACCCGAGCUGUUUGAUUUCCACGGAGUGUCACUGACUCAGUACUUCACAGAGAACUGGGAGAACGUUCGAAACUUUCAGGCCAGACCGGAUGAUAUCCUCAUCGCCACAUAUCCUAAAGCAGGCAGUACAUGGGUUUCCAACAUCCUUGAUUUACUUUACUUUGGUCAGAGAGAGAAACCCAUCCCGAUUUAUGAGCGAGUGCCUUACAUGGAUAUUUGUCACCCAGAAGUCGGUGCAGGAACAGACUGGGUGGACAAGCUGCCCACCUCCCCUCGACUCAUUAAAACUCAUUUUCCUGUCCAGCUCGUGCCAAAGUCAUUUUUGGAACACAAAUGCAGGAUAGUCUACGUUGCCCGCAACGCAAAAGACAAUGUUGUGUCUUUCUUCCACUUUGAUCGCAUGAACAAGAGUCAGCCAGAACCUGGAGAUUGGAGCAGCUACCUUGAGAGAUUCAAGCACGGAAAGGUGGUGUUUGGAUCCUGGUACGAUCAUGUGAACAACUGGUGGAAGAAGAAACAGACUUAUUCAAACCUGCACUACAUGUUCUUUGAAGACAUGGUUGAGGACACCGGACGAGAAAUAGACAAACUCUGCUCCUUUCUUGGUUUGACUCCUUCAGUCGAGGAAAAGACGAGAAUCGUAGGAGAAGUUCAUUUUGACAAAAUGAAGAAGGAUGACAUGCUUAACUACUCAACAGUCCCUGUCUUUGAUCUCAAAGUUUCUCCUUUCAUGAGAAAAGGAAAAGUCAGUGACUGGAAGAAUCACUUCACAGUGGCUCAGAAUGAAGACUUUGAUGAAGACUACAAGACAAAGAUGAAGGAUCCCACUCUCCAGUUUCGCACUGAAAUUUGAAAAGAACCAGAAGUGUAGAUGUUGAAUGAUUUGAAUGAAUGAAUGAAUGAAUUAGUCCCACAAGGGGAAAUGUAUCUUUUCAUGGAAAUAUUUCUUUUCAGGUGCUUGUCUUGGGCAAAAAUAAUGGAGUGGAGUGGAGGUGGGGGGUUACAUCAUUUACUGCAUGAGGCACUGCAUGAAACACAAAUGAACACAUGAAAUCAAAAUACUUUUCGUGUAUUAUAGUGAAUGUUUCUGAUUGGAUCAUAUAGAUUAAUUUCACACCUUGAUUUUAAGUGUGGUGGAUCUGAGUUCCAAUUCACUCCCAGAAAGGAGGACAUCUGACACAAACACCAGCCAGAUCCAUGAUGCAAGUUGUUGUGACAGUCCCUGUAUCUUGUUUGUAUUACUCGAUGUGCACUUCAGUUUUAUUGACUGCCUUUUGUCCAACAACACUUGUUCACCCCUCGACGAGAAUAAACUUCCAAAGAAGGUC